CCUGCCGCUUUAUCAAUGGCCCCGCGUGGGGAAAGCGGCGGCCUGGCCCCGCCCCCUCCCGCGGAGGCCACGCCUCCUCUGCCCGCCCGCAUUCCUCGGGCGCGGUCUGGCCUCGCCCCCUCGGUGACGCCAUCACGGCGCGCCGGGGCGCCCUGGCGGCGGCGGGCGGCGAUGGCGGCGGGGUCGGUGUGGAAGGGGCUGGUGGGGCUCGGCCUCUUCGCCCUGGCACACGCGGCCUUCUCGGCGGCGCAGCAUCGUUCUUACAUGAGGUUGACAGAAAAGGAAGAUGAAACGUUGCCCAUAGAUAUAGUGCUGCAGACUCUGCUGGCCUUUGCAGUCACCUGCUAUGGGAUAGCACACAUUGCAGGAGAGUUUAAAGACAUGGAUGCCACUUCAGAACUCAAAAAUAAGACAUUUGACACGUUAAGGAACCAUCCAUCUUUUUAUGUAUUUAAUCAUCGUGGUAGAGUGUUGUUCCAGUCCCCAGACACAGUGAAUUCUUCUUCAAACCAAGAUGCUUUGUCAUCCAGCUCGGCACUGAAAUUUCGAAAACUUGAACCUCUGCGCCGCUAAGACUUUUACAGAUGAUACCAAUACCCAGGACACUGAGAUGUAAUAUUGAAGUCGGGGAUGUAAACACUUUUUUAAUUUCUGGAGCAGUAUUUAUAUUGAUCUUCCAGACUUUAUAAAAUAUAUAUAUAUAUAUAAAUAUAUAUAUAUAAACUAAUGACCUUCUUUGUACACUGUUAAUGAGAAUGACUGAAUUGUGGAUUGGCAAUGCAGUGUAAAUUCAACAGUUAUGCUGUGAAACACACCUUCAAAGUUUCAGAUAUUAAAAUGAGUUGCAGCUAACUUAACUUCAGUUAAAACAAAAAGCAAGCUAGUUUUUUCCUGCAAUUAAUGUUCUUUGACAGGAGGGAAUGUUUGAGUGUAUUUAUUUUCUCAGUUUGCUUGCACUACAGUCUAUGGAUCCCCUCAGAAAUGCUGUGUGCACUGCAUCACUGAACAGCAGGAAAAGGGGCAGCACCUGAUCCUAGAAUGCCUGUGGGACAGCAGCCCGGUGUAGCAGGGGAAGUCAAAGAGAUUGCUUUCAUUUGUAUUUUUUUACAGUGCUGAAAAACAGUUGUGUGAAGGGUUAUUCUUUUUUUUCCUGGUUUUUCACUACCAUGUUAUUUCCUCCUUGCCCUCCUUGGUUUCAUGUGGGUUGCCCCAGCUUGCCUGGGCUGUGCGUUGGUGCUGGUGUGGGGAGGCAGCUCAGCUCAGCUCCUCUGCCACACUCCGCGUUCUCCGGAAUGCUGAACGUUGUCUACGUGCUGCUUGGCACCAGCUACAACCUCCAAGUCAUCUUCAUAUUUGAGUAUCAGUAAGAACUGUCCCUUCUGGGCGUGGUCCAGGGGUAGGGUCCAGCAGCUUGCUGUGUUUGCUGGCACUACCCCAGGACAGCCACCCCUUUUCUGCCAACAGAGCCUUCCACCUUGAUUUUUCCAGCUGAGCCCCUCGUUGAUUUAAUAUUACUGUCUGGAGUUCAUGUAUUAGAACUGAUCAUACUGUCCUUAACUCUUACUUACGUCUAAAUUCUUAUCCCCCCUCAGGGGCUGAAUCAAUGCUAAAAUCUCUCUUGGUCUGGCUUUUCACCUCCCUGAUGCAGCAGAGGGAAGGUAGCUCGAGAUACUGGUGGGGCCAGCAAGAAUUUGGCCUGGUUGUAGGAUGUUUCACUGACACAGUGGAAACUCAGCCUUUUGUCCUGGCGUCUGUUGAGUUGUGUUUGGUAUUUUUUUAAACUGUUAAGAACUGUCAAAGGCAAAAAGCUUGGCAAAAAUACUGUGUAAACCGAAGUCUCUUUUUCUAGCUCUGCCCGUCCUAUGGAGUGGGUGCCCCAGUGCUCGAGCAAUAUCCGUGGCUGCUGCUCUACAAUCACUCUAAAGCAUCUGGGUUUGAUUAGAAAGGGUUACUCUGCCAGCUGAAAGCAUCUGAGCUGCAGGAUUAGUUCCUAAAGUGUCCUGGUUCCCCUCUUGCUGGUGUCACAAAUCAGCUCCUGCCAGCACCAAAGGCCCUGGAUAGUAUUGGGUCGCCCCUCCACUGUGGGCAGAGCUGUCCCCUUGGGGAGCAGGGCUGCUGUGCAGCAGCUGCUGCACCGAGGGGAGGCUGAACAGAGGCCAGGUGGCCUUGUGGGGCAGAGGAGAGGCAGAAUUAGCAGAGGGAGAGAGAAGCACAGCAGGAGCUCAGUAACCACUGUCGUAGACAGGUUCUGCAGCCGUGGUUGCACUGAGCCCUUUGCAGAGGGCCUUAGAGCAGAGCUGCUCACAUGAAACAUCUGAGAAGCCCCAUUUGUGCUGCUGGAAGGCUCCAGGACCUGCCCAAGGUGUGAGGUGCUGCUGGGACAGGGAGGUGGAGAACAUCACCUGCUGCUCAGAGCAGGUCCUGCUGGGAGCACCUGGGGCUGCCUCAGGGCCCCUCCUGUGAGGAGCAGCCUCACUCUGCAGCAGCAGCGGUUCUGUCACAAAGCUGUACAAAUUAUUUUUUCUUAUUGAUCUCACAAUGUCAAAUAAAAAUUGAUAUCCUUAAA